AUGGAAGCUAUAGAUCUCGUACCGUUGAUCAAAUCGUUAGACGAUAACAUUGAUGACCUCGAAGAGGCGCUCGAGCCUCUACUCAAAAGCGCUGUAUCAGAUACCGCUGGGAAGUUACCUCUCUUGGACAAAGCGCAGCUUUAUGUCCUUGUUACCUAUGCUAUUGAGUCCAUAUUGUUCUCCUAUCUCCGACUCAAUGGUGUCAAUUCCAAAGAACAUCCAGUCUUUCGAGAGUUGACCCGGGUCAAACACUACUUCGAGAAGAUCAAGGCUGCGGAGUCAGCGGAAACCAGACAGAAUGUGACACUGGACAAGGCAGCUGCGGGCCGCUUCAUCAAAAAUGCACUGGCUGGGAAUAAGAGAUUUGACCUCGAUUUGGCAAAGCAAAGCAAAAAGGAAAGCGCAGCCACUCAUACCAGAUUUGAACGGUUUCCUAAGAAACAGAAAUUCAGCAGCGACCCAGGAAAUGGGUCAAGAGCCGUCUCCUCAAGUGACGACCCCAACACCGACACAGAGCAUCUGGAGUCUUCUGAGGGACCACGUUUGAAGAGGAUGAAAGUGCAGAGCAUAAACGAUAGAAGGGAGAGCGAGGAUGGGACAAAAACAAGGACUAAACAUGAGUUGAAUCCUAGCUCUGGAAAGGCGUCAAAGAUAGAUCCAACGAAUGGCGACUCAAAAGCAGAAGAACAAGAACAAGAACAAGAACAAAUUGAGCAAGAAGAGGGAAUGCAGGAUGGAGACUGA